AUGGCGGCGGCGGGGCUGGAGCGAGUCCGCGUUUCGGCGGCGGAGCUCCGGCGGGGGAUUCUGGCUACGGCGGAGGCGGCGGCGGCGGCGACGCACGAGAGGGGCGGCCCAGAGACCAUGAAGGAGCCCCGGCAUCGUAAGGACAACCGGCGUCCGGAUCUCGAGAUUUACAAGCCGGGCCUCUCCCGCUUGAGGGGCAAGCCUGGCCCGGCCAAGCAGGAGCUCCCGAGAGAGGAAGAAGCCACGGAGGAGGGCCUGGGCCCCGGGAAGCCCGCGGCAGCUCCCUGCAGGGAGGACACCCCGCUCCCCCAGGCCCCCCCUGAGGACAAGGCCCAGCCCCCCAACGGCUUCCUGGAAGGUCCUCCCCAGGGCCCCGGGGGGCCCCCGCAGGACUGGUGCCCUCGCAUCGUCAGGCGAGCCAAGAAGCCCGACCAGCAGAUCUACCAGCCUGGCAAACGCCUGCAGGCCUCGCCCCGGGAGGCGGGGGCUGCCCCCCUGGCAGACGAGGAGCUCCCCCCGAAGGAGGAGAGGGGAGCAGACGGCGAGAAGGACGCCGGGAGGGCUGGCCAGGGCCCCGGGAAGCCAGGGGGCCCAGAAGGAGGGCCCAACCAGGAAGGGGCCAGGCCUUUCCGGGGGGAGAAGGGCAGGCGGGCCGAGCGGCCCCGGAAGGCCCGAGACGAGCCGGGUCACGGCAAGGGCAGCCCCCCCAAGCGGUACUCGCGCUCGGACAAGCGUCGCAGCCGCUACCGCACCUGCAGCACCAGCUCGGCUGGCAGCAACAACAGCACCGAGGGGGCCCGUGGGGAGGCAGAAGUGGGGAGGAAGCCCCCGGAAAGGCCCCGCCCACAGAAGCAGCUCUCCGCCUCCUCCACCGACUCCCUGGAAGAGGACAGGGCCGAGGAGGGCCCCGAGGCCAGGAGGGCCCCCGAGCACAGCCGGCUCGCCCGCGGCCAGGAGGCCAGAGCAUCCCAGGGGGGCCCCUGGCCGGCCGGCAGGGGCUCUGCAGCCUCCCAGCCCGACUGGCGAAAGGGCGGCAAGCCCUCCGGGGCCACCCCCAGGGACCCCGCAGAGGCCGGGGAGGGGAAGCCCCAGAACCGGGGCCGAGGGAUCCUGGUGCUGCCGGCCAACACGGACCUGACCCCCAGCGGCACAGGGUCCCCCGAAACUCCCCACGGAGGGGGCGCCCGGCUCCUUUUUGGCAGCAGCAAAGGCCCUCGGGGCUGGAGCCGGGGGGGCACGUCCCGUCGGCUCUGGGACCCCAACAACCCGGAGCAGAAGCCGGCGCUGAAGAGCCCGGGGACCCAGCUGCACUUCUUGGACACGGACGACGAGGGGGCCCCCGUGCCUCGAGGGGAGCCCCGCCAGGCCCAGGCCCCCUACUACCGGUUCCAGAACUCGGACAACCCCUAUUACUACGGAGGUUGCAGGGCGGAGAUGCUGCAGCUGUACGAGCUCUGCCUGCUGACCGACAUCGAAGUGGCCGAUGCGCAGAACGUGGACCAGCUGCUCUGGAAGAACGCCUUCUACCAGGUGAUCGAGAAGUUCCGACAGCUGCUCAAGGACCCAGCGGGCGGGGAGAGCGCCCAGGAGAUCCGCGGAAAGCUGCUCCAGAUCCUGGACGAGGGCACCGUCUUCUUCGACGGCUUGCUGCAGAAGCUGCAGGCCACCUACCAGUUCAAGCUGGAGGACUACAUGGACAGCAUGGCGGUUCGCACCAAGCCCCUGCGGAAGACGGUGAAGUACGCCCUCAUCAGCGCCCAGCGGAGCCUGAUAUGCCAGGGCGACAUCUGCAGGUACCGCGAACAAGGCAGCGACACGGCCAACUACGGGAAGGCACGCAGCUGGUACCUGAAGGCCCAGCACGUGGCCCCCAAGAACGGCCGCCCGUACAACCAGCUGGCCCUCCUGGCCGUCUACACGAGGAGGAAGCUGGACGCCGUCUACUACUACAUGCGUAGCCUGGCCGCCAGCAACCCCAUCCUGACGGCCAAGGAGAGCUUGACCAGCCUCUUCGAGGAGACCAAGCGCAAGGCAGAGCAGCUGGAGCAGAAGAGCCCCCGGGGCCAGGGCAGCCAGCGAAGCAGGAGGGCGGCCUUCCGGCCCUCCGGAGACGAUGCCACCCGCCUGGAGCUCUGGAUCCACCCCUCUCACCCGCGCUCCGGCCAGGGCCACGACUCCAGCCGGGACUCCGGGCAGGAUAGCGGCCUGGGCGGCCUCAGCCCCAGCGAGCUGAACAAAAGGUUCGUCCUGCGUUUUCUCCAGGCUCAUGGGAAGCUGUUUACCAAGAUUGGGAUGGAGACCUUCCCGGCGGUCGCAGCGGAAGUCCUGACCGCCUUCCAGGCCCUGCUGGAGCACAGCCCCCCACCCAUUGGGAGCAGCCGCCUCCUGCAACUCAUGGCCAUCAACAUGUUCGCCGUGCACAACUCCCAGCCCAAAGAGUGCCCGUCCGAAGACUGCCGCUCCGUGAUCCAGCAGCAGGCCUGCGCCCUGGGCCUCGCCAUGUUUGCCAUCCUGGUCAAGCGCUGCACCCACCUGCUCCAAGAGGUCUCCCUAGCAGGGUCGGCUCAGGCCCAGGGAGAGGCCGAGGACGACGACAUCAAGGUCUCCGCUUUCCCGCCAGACCUGAAGGAGCUCCUGCCCAGCAUCAAGGUGUGGUCGGACUGGAUGCUGGGACACCCGGACACCUGGAACCCCCCGCCCAGCGCCCUGGAGCUGCCCCCCGCGUAC